GUUCAUGUAGCGCGAUCAUUGAUAUUGAAAAUCCCCGAUUCACUCGCUAAACGUCAAAUAAAAACUCGUCAUUACGUCACUUUAUUUGGCGGUCAGACAUUCAGUUCGAACGUCUGCCGCUGAACAUGAAGAGGGCCAAGUGUGAUCAGAUCACUCAGUUAGUAAAACUCAUUUCAGUGGUUGACUUCACGAUCGGUCGUCGCGUCUUGUCUUAAAUAUUUAUUAAUUAUUGUUUUGUUAAUUUGAACUUUGCCAUGUAAACACUGACUGGGUAAACAAAAGUCGUUCAGUACUUUUCAUUAUCUUUCAUUGUGUACCUGCACAUUUUCAAUGGCAAAGGCGUUAAGUUCGCAACACGAAAUUGUUUGGCCUAAAAUAAUAGAGACCUACAUUUUUCAUUGAACUUGUGAACGGAGCGUUGCAUAUGGGGAUUAAUAUUAACCAUAUUCAGAUAUCCACGCUACGAUUGCACAAAGAUUGUGUCUAGUGAAUUUAUAUUGCCUUAUCAGUUAUUUGUUGAUAAUCAAUGAAUGUUUGUGUUGAACAUUGAUAUAGUUUUUUUAUUUAGCGCAAAAAAAAAAGUUCAAAUUUGUCUAAAGAGUUUAAUAGUUAAGUCGGUGACAAGUGUGGUUGUUGGACGUGCGUCGUCGUGAUUUUGUGUUUUUUUUUUUACUUACAUAUUUUCUUCUUGUUCGAUUCUUUAAGAAAAUAAGGUUUUAAAAAUGUCAAUGAAACCAACUCUUGAGCAAGUAGAGACCUUGCGUGAAUUGUUUUUGAAGAAAUGUGAAAAGGAAACAAUUCCAUGUGGAAGCUUUCAUCCAAUCGAUCUGGAAAGAGUUAAAACAAAUAAUUUCUAUUUGGAAAAAUAUCUCGAGCACAAUGAUUUGGAUAUGAAGCUAUCCCUACAAUUGCUCUGGGACAUCUUAGUAUGGCGCAAGAAUUUCGGAGCUAACGAAGUAAACGAAAGCAACAUUCGCAUGGACUAUCUUAAUCAAGGCAUUGUAUUUCCUCGCAACAGAGAUAGGGAUGGGAAAAUUUUGCUCAUAUUCAAAGCCAAGCUGCAUGUAAAAGGGAGCAAGGAUAUGAAGGAAUUGAUGCGAGUUGUUGUCUAUUGGAUCGAAAGGGUUUUGGCUGAGAAUGAUUUGGACAGAAUGACAGCUUUCUUUGAUAUGCAAGGCACAAGUGUUAGCAAUGUUGAUAUGGAUCUUAUCAAAAAUAUCAUCGAAAUAUUUAAACUCUAUCCACUUCCGCUGAAUUACAUUCUUAUCUACGAACUGCCUUGGUUAUUAAAUGCUGCAUUCAAAAUUAUCAAAACACUUAUGCCUCCAAAAGCUGUCGAGGUAAUGAAGUUCCUCAAUCCUAAAAAUGUUUCAGAAUUUGUUGAUGAUGAAAAUAGACUCGCUUGUUGGGGUGGCAAGGAUAACUACACAUUUUCCUUCGAGCCAGCUAGACCUAAAUCGUCAAAUCAAAGGAAAUCAAAUUUAAACAACAACAAUAAUAAUGAAGAGUUUUUUGACCAAUCUACCUCAAUGAAAAAGGUUCACUUUGCCAAUUCCAGUCCAACCCGGUUACCAAUGUCUGACGCCGAGGAACAUCUUACACCCACCAAUGAAGAAAUGUUGCGAAUCACUCCAAGUGACGUUAUUGUCUUGAAUAAGAUUGAAGAUUCAAUUGAAGGUGAACUUAAGGGAUCUGUUAAUAUUACUUGCACGAGUAAAUAUCCUAUUACUUAUAAGAUUAAAACAACUGCACCGCUCAAAUUCCGUGUUCGUCCCAGUUCGGGUGCUUUGAAUCCCGGUUGCAUGACAACAGUGUACGUAAUCCUUCAGCCAGGCAAUAAGGUUUCAUCAUCAAGCAAGGAUAAGUUUUUGGUCAUGUGUACUCCGUUACCCGAAGAUAUUGACGUCAACAAUAGUGAUAUGCUUGCGGGCUUUUGGAAGGCACUACCAUCAAAUAGCCCAAAUGUCCAACAACACCGAUUGCAGUGCAUAUGUCCACAGAAUAACCAAGGCAACAACAUGCACAAUGGUCAUGCUUAUUCGGAUGAUAUGGGAGAUGGUGGAAAAAAUAUCAAUAACACACAUCUUUUACAAUUAUCAGAGAGUAUAAAACGAAUUGAACAUCGGACAAAUCUAAGUUUCAACUUGCAUUGGCUGUCGCUGCUCGUAUUCAUUAUUGUGUCCAUAGCUCUCACAUAUAUAAUUAAACAAGAAAUCCAAGGACAAAAGUCGGAUUCUUGCUCAAAACGAUUUUAAUAUGGCACAAAUACUGGAUUAUAUUUGUUUACAUAGAUUAUUAAGUUUUCUUUUUUUGUCAAUUAUGAAUGAUAUGGAUUGAUUUGUUUUCCUUUAUAAACUUUUGCAUUUGUUUUCUUAUUUCUUUCUUUCAAUAUUGUCUCAUAAUUCACAAUUUUGGAUAAUUCUUUAGUUCGUCAUCGUUUGUUUCAAUCAUAAAUCAAUGAAUGUAAUUAUAAAAAGAAAGGAAGUGAAAUUAUAAGAUUUGUAGUCUUAGUAGAAUGCCGUAAGCGUUUGAAAGAAAUUUUAGUGUAGAGCACACAAAUUAUAUAUACAAUUACAUACAUACAUAUAUUAAACAUGAUAUUUAUGUUAUUGUAUCUGAAACCUAUACACAAGUCAAUAACACAAAGGUCAUUUUGGACUUUAUUGUGAUUGUUAAUAGUUAGUGUACUAAUAUAUAUUAUAUAAAACAAAUAAAAAUAAAUCUAAAUUUGAAA